AUGUCGCGCGCGGCAGGCAGGCAUACCCGCCCCAAGAAACUCAACGCCAAACAAAAUGUCCCGAUUUUUCGUGAGGAUCAGGUCGAUUCUCUCGUCGAUUAUGAUCUUCAACGUGCUGCAAUAGAUACUGGUGUCGAAAAGGCUGAAGAAUCGGAAUACCAUCUGCAACAAGCCAUCAAGGCAGCUGAAGCGUCAAAGGCAGAUGCCAAAAUCAAAGAUGCCUACAUUCCGACUCCACCUACCAUUGCAAGUGAUAUCCAGUAUGGCGUUCUCUACCCCAAGGGGUUUCAACAACCAGCCACAUAUAUCCGCUUUUCUGCCACAGUCGAAGACUGUUCAGGAGUGGCAUAUUGCAUGGAUGAAGAGGACGAACUUGCCUUGAAACUCAUCAACGGAAGGUUACCUGCUGGGCAGGUACCAUGCACGGAAGACCAGUUCGAAGAAGUCAUGAACUUUUUCGAGGAGACCGCUCAGGCGAAACAACCAUUUGCCGCCGUCGAUAGUCCUCCCGUCUUACCAUUAGAAGAGCUGCAGGAACAGUUCGAUGAUGACACGCCUGCAUAUGUUCGCAUCUUCUCCAAGUACAUAUAUGACCAUUGGAAGAGCCAGCGCACGGCCACCGGUAACCGGCCACUGGCUCCUCGCCUCAAGUUCGAGACUGGUCAAGAAUCCGAUGACUCGGAUCCGUAUGUCUGCUUUAGAAGAAGAGAGCUGCGACAGAUCCGCAAGACGAGGAAUCGAGAUGCCCAGAGUGCCGAAAAGUUGCGAAAAUUGCGCAUUGAGCUGGAGACUGCUCGGGGUAUGCUGUUGAUGGUGAAAAGGAGAGAGAUGCUUCGUAAAGAAUGUCUCGAGGGAGACCGCCAGCUCUUUGAGCAGCGGAUAGCCUUCAGAGAUACCAAGAGAAAAUUGGGCAUGAAAGGCGAUGAGGAUCUUCUCAUCAAUCAAAAGAAGCAGAGAUUGCCACCCGGCAUGACCCUCAAUCAAGCCGCUCUCGCCCAACAGCUCAGGAUGCCCAUGGCACCUGGUCCGGGUCCUGAACUCCGAACCUUGGAGGAUGUCACCGCUGCUAGAGAACGUGAAAUCCAGAAGGAAAUCCAAACCAACGUCGAGAAACACAUCAGAUGGAAUGAAGGGUUCGUCGACAAGACGACGGCACCACUUACCCCUGAGGUCGAAGACGACUAUCCGUCACCAGAUGGCCUCUUCAGAGAGGCCAUGGCUGCGACCGAAUACCUUCCCACACCACCGGCUAGUAUCUCGGAUGAUGAGUCGCAGCAACGACCCGAAGGAGCAGAGGUGGCAAUGAAGGGCGUGUCUCGACCUCCCACUCCUUUCCGUUAUGCCAGUCCUGCUGAUGAAGAUACUGUUGCACAAAUGCCAGCUUUCCGACGGAGGAUAGGUAGAGGUGGUCGUGUCAUGAUCGAUCGAAAACUUCCUCGGGUGAAGCGAGAUUUUCCAGAAGAUGAUAGAUUCAAGUUCGAUUCGGACGACGACGACGAGAUGCAGGACGUCGAUUUGCAGUUCGAUAACUUGACUUAUGCUCGAAUGUCUCAGCGAGCAUACCUUCUGGGUAACACCCGGCCGACCGAUGCUCAGGCAAUGUCGGCCAGAAGAGCCCAACUCGAGACGGGUGGUCCCAGUCAAUCACCCGCCACAGUCAACCCACAAAUAACACCCGUACCUUCUUGA